AUUUUCCUAGCAUUGGGUUGAUCACUAGUUACGAACCAUAUGGUCUGAAUUUUAUAUAUCCAUCUCCAUUUCGUCUUUGACUUAAAGUGGAAGAAAUUUGUAGACAAGAAUGAGCAUGAAAUCUGUUUCUUUCAGCUUUCAUCUCCUUCUUCUUCUCCUACUUGUCAUGCAUGGCGAUGGAAGUGGAACCGAGGAAACGGCUGAUGAUUUAAUCUCCAAAGGGAACAGUGUUCUGAGACUCCAUAGCAUGGAUCAUGAUCGGCAAACUGAAGAUGAUGGCACUACAGUUCAAUCAAGGGUAGAUCCAUUAUCCCGCAUGGAUCACAUGGAUCUAUCAGUGAUGGUGUUUUUCACCUUGAAAGAUCUCAAAGUUGGGAACUCAUUGCCGAUCUAUUUUCGUAAGAAAGACUCCUCAAAAUCCCCUCGGUUUUUGCCUAGACAAGAAGCCGACUCCAUUGCUUUCUCAUUGAAAGAACUCCCUAACCUGCUUCGAUUAUUCUCUCUCUCGCGAGACUCUCCGCAGGCUAAAGCAAUGGAAGCUACACUUAGAGAAUGCGAAAGUCAAGCAAUCAAAGGGGAGACCAAAUUCUGCGCUACUUCUUUAGAAUCCAUGCUUGAAUUUGCGAGCAGUAUCUUCGGAUCCAACACUCGUUUCAAGACCCUCGCAACGGAGCAUCUUACCAAGUCAAGCACCCUUUUCCAAAACUAUACUGUUUUAACAACACCAGAAGAGAUACCAGCUCCGAUGAUGGUGGCUUGUCACACCGUGCCUUACCCUUAUGCUAUCCUGUAUUGCCAUAGCCAAGUGACUGAAAACAGGGUGUUUAAGGUAUCAUUGGACGGUGAGAACGGAGAUAAGGUGACCGCGGUGGCUGUUUGUCACAAGGAUACUACGCAAUGGAACCGUAACCACGUGUCGUUUCGUGUGUUGGGGAUUGAGCCAGGAACGCCCGGUGUCUGCCAUUUCUUCCCGGCGGAUAACUUCGUUCUGGUUCCAGACCCUUGAAUUUGUAGUAAUUGUCUUUCCUAGGAUACGAGACUUGGGUUGUCAUAAAUAAUAAUGUUUGAUGUCUGGUUAUAUCUAUGGAUGUUGUUCUAAUGGUAACGAAAUCAAUGUUCUAUGAAGAAAAGAUUCCUGGUAAA